GCUGAGAGAAGUAGGCGGGGACUGAGCAACGAUCCGGGAAGAGGAGAAGGAGGAGGCGGAGAAGGGAAAAGAAAAGGAGGAAGGGAAAAAAAGAGACCAUAGAUUCCUCCCUUGGCCUAGAGCGGCCCUUAAAGUGCAGGGGAGAGGAGGGCGGGCGGGGACCACCCCAGAACUGGCCGCCGGAGGUAUCAUGGCGUCCCGGAACCCCCCUCCCCAAGAAUAUGAAAGUGAUGACGACUCUUACGAAGUGUUGGAUUUAACAGAGUAUGCAAGAAGACACCACUGGUGGAAUCGAGUGUUUGGCCACCGAUCAGGACCUAUGGUAGAAAAAUACUCAGUAGCUACCCAGAUUGUAAUGGGUGGCGUGACUGGCUGGUGUGCAGGAUUUUUAUUCCAGAAAGUUGGGAAACUUGCAGCAACGGCAGUAGGUGGUGGCUUUCUUCUCCUACAGAUUGCCAGUCACAGUGGCUAUGUUCAGAUCGACUGGAAGAGAGUUGAAAAAGAUGUAAACAAAGCAAAAAGACAAAUUAAGAAACGAGCAAAUAAAGCAGCACCUGAAAUCAACAAUGUAAUCGAAGAAGCAACCGAAUUUAUCAAACAGAACAUUGUGAUAUCCAGUGGAUUUGUGGGAGGGUUUUUGCUCGGCCUUGCAUCCUAAGGACAUGAACGACCCUUCCUAGGGGAUCCAACUGUGAGAAGAGAGCGGCAGCAGGGUGACCUCUCAGCAACACAAGCCGCCGGAGGCUCCCGAGAAGGGGAGACAACUUGCUGGACAGUCCCCAAUUCACAACUUCGCAUUUUGCCAUCUGAAGCUUGGCAAACAAGUAUCUGCUGUCCAACAACCUGUGUGGUAUUUGAAUAAUAGUAUUCUUGAGCAAAACAUGGCUUUUGGCAUUUUUUUUUAAAAAUUGCAUCUGUUUAGAAACUAGCAGUAAGAUACCACUGUUAGAUAUGGAUAUGAGAAAAGAAUCUGUUGGCUGUAUCUCACAGUGAAACAUUAUCCUUUUUUAUUUAAAUGAGAUGUUCAUUGUGCUUUGUACUGAUGUUCCAGUACAGUGCCGAUAGUCAAAACCGUGUCUCAUAGCUUCAGUAGUAGGGCUGACUUUUCUCUAAGAUACGUUUGCAGUAAAUGUGAAGAGUUGCAAUGCCCUUUUGUGGGAGGCGUUAGAAAUAAGAGAAUUAUUAAAGAUACUAAAUAGAUUCUGCUGAUGUAAUACCAGUCCUUAGGUUAUUUUCUCUGCAUUUCUUCCCUGCACUGCUUUUCAAAAAAGGCUCUUCUAAGGAAAUACUACAACAUGUCUAAAGCUCUUUUUCCUUUUUUGACAUCUGUAGUUUUAAAAAUAUCUUCUCGUAUGUUACCUUCUAAUUUUUGUAUUUGUUUAUCCUGGCAGCCUGGGCAGAACUAAUUUUGGGUGUACAUAUAGUUGGGUCAUUGAUUCAUUUUAUUAACUCUGAAAGUACAUCUUUUUUAAAACUCCUAGUUAUUAUUUUGGCCUCUCCAUACUGUCUGAAGAAUUGACUUUCUAUGUAAUCAUGAAAUUGUACCGAAAGAGAUUGUCUCCCUGACCGAGUCUAAGAUUAAGAACUAUGGCUUCCAGGCUUUUGGCAGCGUUGUGUUUCCUGAACACUAGGCCAACUUACCUGUUUUUCGGGGCCAGCAUCAUACCCUGUCAGUCUUUUCCCCCCAAACCUUUCCGGAGUGUUAAUGUUGUCCAUAGAAUUCUAGGUUGCAAUGGAGAAAGACAGCCGAACAGCGUGGAUUGGUGUGUUCAGAUUGGAAAGACUGCAGAUACUGUAUCGAGACCAUCUUCGUUUGCUGGGAGGUCUCCAUAGCGCGUAUACUGUGUGUGUUAUAGACAUGUGACGCUUCAUACUUGGAAGAUUGGUUACAGGCUUUUUGCUUUUAUUUUCCUGAGCCUCCUUAAAAUUGAAUGUGAGAUCCAUCUUUCAUUUCUUCUUUUGUUCUCAUAGUGCCUCAGAUAUAAUGCUAAAUAAACCUUUCUUAAUAUGAAGUAACUUUGCUUAUGAAA